AUGAGGAAGGAUAAUCAGAGCAGCGUGUCUGAAUUCCUUCUCCUGGGGCUCCCCAUUCGGCCAGAGCAGCAGGACAUGUUCUUUCUUCUCUUCCUGGGCAUGUACCUCACCACGGUGCUGGGGAACCUGCUCAUCAUCCUGCUCAUCAGGCUGGACUCUCGCCUCCACAACCCCAUGUACUUCUUCCUUAGCCACUUGGCCUUCACUGAUGUCUCUUUCUCAUCUGUCACAGCUCCAAAGAUGCUGAUGAACAUGCUGACAAGGAGUCAAUCCAUCUCCUAUGCUGGGUGCCUUUCCCAGGUAUAUUUUUUCUUAUUUUGUGCUGAUCUUGACAGCUUCCUUCUCACCUCAAUGGCCUAUGACAGGUAUGUGGCCAUCUGUCACCCCCUUCACUACACCACCAUCAUGAGUCAGAGCUCAUGUUUCUUGCUCGUAAUUGUGUCCUGGGCCCUAUCCUGUGCCAGUGCCCUGGUGCACACCCUCCUCCUGACUCAGGUCAUGAGGAAGGAUAAUCAGAGCAGCGUGUCUGAAUUCCUUCUCCUGGGACUCCCCAUUAGGCCAGAGCAGCAGGAUAUGUUCUUUGCCCUCUUCCUGGGCAUGUACCUCACCACGGUGCUGGGGAACCUGCUCAUCAUCCUACUUAUCAGGCUGGACUCUCGCCUCCACACCCCCAUGUACUUCUUCCUUAGCCACUUGGCCCUCACUGACAUCUCUUUCUCAUCUGUCACAGCUCCAAAGAUGCUGAUGAACAUGCUGACAAAGAGUCAAUCCAUCUCCUAUGCCGGGUGCAUUUCCCAGGUAUAUUUUUUCUUAUAUUUUGCUGAUCUUGACAGCUUCCUUCUCACCUCAAUGGCCUAUGACAGGUAUGUGGCCAUCUGUCAUCCCCUUCACUACACCACCAUCAUGAGUCAGAGCUUGUGUUUCUUGCUUGUAAUUGUGUCCUGGGCCCUAUCCUGUGCCGGUGCCCUGGUGCACACUCUCCUCCUGGCCUGUCUCUCUUUCUGUGGAGACAACGCCAUUCCCCACUUCUUCUGUGACCUCUCUGCCUUACUUAAGCUGUCCAGCUCUGACACCACAGUCAAUAAUCUGGUUAUCCUCACUGUGGGGUCGGUAGUCAUUACGCUCCCAUUCAUCUGCAUCCUUGUGUCAUAUGGCCACAUCGGGGCCACCAUCCUGAGGGUCCGCUCAACCAAGGGAAUAUACAAAGCAUUGUCCACCUGUGGCUCUCACCUGUCUGUGGUGUCUCUGUACUAUGGGGCAAUAAUUGGGCUGUAUUUUUUCCCUUCAUCCAGUAACUCCAAUGAGAAGAAUGCCAUUGUGGCUGUAAUGUAUACUCUGGUCACUCCCAUGCUAAAUCCCUUUAUCUACAGUCUGAGGAACCGGUAUAUGAAAGGGGCUCUGGGAAAUAUAUUCAGUAAAGGGACAUGUUCACCAUGA